UCACAGCAGCGCGUGCUCACACACUUCUCCUCAGUGCACCAGUAACAGCGCCGCCCACUUCUGCAUCUUCUUCGAAAAAACUUUAAUAACAAAAUAUUUAUUGCUGACAAAAACAGAGUGUUCCUGUGGCCAGGAGAGAGCAGCACUGAGCACUAGCAGUAGAGGUCGAGGAAAGUUCUUAGUUACUUCAAAAUGGUGAGAAUCUUGGCAAAUGGGGAGAUCGUUCAAGAUGACGACCCCCGAGUAAGGGGAAGUACGCAACGUAGAGAUAAUAACCCUCGCCAGGGAUUUUUUAACAUGAUGGGAAAUACUGGACCAGGACCACAACAAGCUCCACAAGAUGAGGCGAGACAGGAGGGACGCUCUCCUUUCACUGACUUUAAUCAGCAAUUGGUGAACAUGGGAUUCCCACGCUGGAAUCUUGGAAACCAGGUGGUAGAGCCAGUCAUGUCCAUCCUCCUCCUUUUCCUUAUUCUAAUGAUGGGUGUUCGUGGCUUGCUCCUUAUAGGCUUAAUAUACAUUGUAUCCCACCUCAGCCAGCGAUAACUGCACACAUGGGAUUCUGGGAAACUGGAAGACAAAGGAACAGAAGUCUGCAGCUGUGAAUUUUUAUGAUUGUGCUUAUUGGAGGAGUUCGGCAGAGGAGCCAAACUGUAUGGCCAUGCUUGCCGAAUGGAUAUCAAUAAAUGUAUCCAGCUUCCUUUAGGACCAAAAUCUCAAAUGAUCAACAGUGAAGUAAAUAUGGACUUGACUGGAGCAGAAGCCUUUUUAGCCACGCUAUCAAAUUUUCUUAUUUAAUUCCUAAAUAUGUUUCUACUUUCACUAUUGUAUAUUUUUAUGCUAAAAUAAUUCAAUGAAGUGAACAACUGCAUGCACUUAUUACUAAAUUGCAUAAAAUGAAUGUCUUUUGUAUUCCA